AUGGCUCAUGAAUUCUAUGUGACAUACGCAAAAAAAGUCGGAUUUGCCACUAAGAUACGGACGACAACCUGUGAUAAGAUCACAAAUCAACCCAUUAACCAAGCUAUUCACUGUAAUAGGGAUGGGUUCCAUGUGUCUCGUGUCAAAGCGUCAACGCGGAAGAACAGGAUCUCAGCCGCUGGGUGCAAGGCAAGGAUAUACGUGAAGUUUGACAAGGAGACACAAGACUGGGUUUUCUUCAAGGUGGAGCUGAGUCACUCGCACCCAUGUUCAGCGAGGAAGGCGGUGCACUACCAUGAGUAUAGGCAGCUGACCAUGCAUGCGAAGUGCGUGAUCGAGGAUAAUGAUGAGGCUGGGAUUCGACCAAACAAAACUUUCCUAGCUUUGGCAAAUGAGUCUGGGGGCCCAUCUAACCUAGGAUACUCAGAAAAGGAUUUACGAAACUAUAUUACAGCUAGGCUCCGAACCAGCAACGUCAACGUCGAUGUCAGAGAGAUGAUGAACUAUUUCAUGAGAAUGAAGGACAUCAAUCCAAACUUCUUCUACGCGGUGAAUUUGGACGAUGACUGUAAAUUUCAGAGUGCUGUAUGGGUGGAUGCAAAGUGUAGGGCGUCGUACGAAUAUUAUGAAGAUGUUGUGUCACUUGAUAGCACAUACAGCACAAACAAGCAUGGAUUACCGUUUGCGUCGUUCGUCGGUGUCAACCACCAUAGUAAGUCAACUAUCCUUGGUUGUGCUCUCCUUGAAAAUGAGGAAAUCCCAAGUUAUGAGUGGGUUUUCCGCCAAUGGAUCAAGUGCAUGGGAACUGCUCCACAGCAGAUCAUCACUAAUCAAUGCAAAUCUAUUUUUCGUGCAAUAAAAAAUGUGUUACCCAAUACACACUACCGGUGGUGCAUCUGGCACAUUACGAAGAAGUUACUGCACAAGUUUGGUGGUUAUCGCCGGUACAGAGAAUUGUAUGAUGAGUUCAAUGAUAUUGUGUGGAACUCUCGGACCGAGAAGUCAUUUGAGGAUAACUGCACUGGGAUUCUUCCGUCUUUUCUUGAAAUUUUGAGUUCUGGUAAUAAUAUUUUUGGUGACGAUGAUGAUUCUGAUAAGGAUAAGGAAGAGUGUGAGUGCGGUGGUAAUGAUUUUGAUGAUGAUUUUGGAGAGAAAAUGAGACGGAUUGGGGGUGUUGGGGUUAGAAUUUUGGAGUUAAGGGAGGCAGUGACAAAGAGAUAG